AUGCAGAUGUAUUUCGAAGUCUUUGACAAGAUGCUCGAAGAAGUUCAGCAGCUGCGUCUUGAUGCCAUUUACUUCACGAAGUCGACAUCUCGGAUGGACAGGAGGGUAGAAAAGCUGAGGAGAAGAUGUAGGAGGUAUAAGGAGAAGUUUGUGCGCAGACCACUGGAAAAGUAUGCCAAGAGAAUUGAUAAAUGCCACAAGGCUGUGAAGAGGCUCCUGCGGAACAGCAGCUGCAGUGCAGGCGCAUUCAGAGAAGUCAUUCAUGGGCUCAAGAGGAGGUGUGAGGAGCUUUGCUCAAAGGCGGGGGUUUCCUUCAACCUUGAAGGCCCUCUGGUGCCCGACAUGAAUUGCAUUGUAAGUGUGGGGGAGAUGGGAGGUAGCGAGAGGCUGUACUGCAAAUGCAAUAGGCCUGCAUUCAAGAGUAUGAUAGCGUGUGACUCUCUGGAUUGCAAGAGAGAGUGGUUCCACUUUGAAUGCGUCGGGAUUUCCGGGCCUCCAAAGAUGUCUUGGACAUGCCCCGAAUGUAAAAAGGCAGCCACGCUAACCGGAUAA